CUCAGUCAGACGAUGUCUAACGUAGUUCGAGCAGCUGGGCUAGUAGUUUUUCGACGACUUUCCAAUAAAAUAGAGUUUUUACUGCUGCAAGCUAGUUAUCCUCCUUACCAUUGGACACCACCCAAAGGACACGUUGAUCCUGGAGAGGAUGAAUGGGUGGCAGCAUUACGCGAGACAAAUGAGGAAGCCGGUUUGGUACAAGAUCAACUUAAGAUAUAUGAGGACUGUCACGAGACAUUAUGUUAUGAGGUGAACUUACUGUGUUAA